AUGUCCCGUCACCCAACAGUCACGCAGUCGUACCAAGAGCGAGCUUCUCUGCCCAAGACAUCGCCCGUUGCCUCGUAUCUCCUGCGAUUGAUUGCCGCCAAACAGACGAAUCUUUGCGUGUCAGCAGACGUGUCGACGACCAAGGAGCUUUUGCAACUCGCAGAAGAAGUCGGCGACUCAAUAUGCAUGCUCAAGACACACGCAGACAUCAUCAAUGACUUUGGCCCGCGCACCAUUGAAGGGCUAAAAGAAAUUGCUGCCAAGAAGCACUUCCUCGUCUUCGAGGACCGCAAGUUUGGCGACAUUGGCAGCACGGUGCAAAAGCAGUUCACUGCUGGCCCUCUGCAGAUCGUGCGCUGGGCCAACAUCAUCAACGCACACAUCUUCCCCGGCCCUGCCAUCAUCACCGCUCUCUCUCAAGCCGCUCACGAUGCUGUCUCCUUGCUUAUCCUCGCAGAGAUGAGCAGCGCCGGCAAUCUGAUGACUGGUUCAUAUACGGAACAAUGCGUGGUGGAGGCACGCAAGAACCCAGAGUUCGUCAUGGGCUUCAUCGCACAACGCACGCUGAACGAGAAGCCUGGUGAUAACUUCAUCACCAUGACUCCUGGUGUACAGAUUGGAGCCACCGGAGACGGUCUCGGCCAGCAAUACAACACGCCGGAAAAGGUCAUUGGCGAAGCUGGUACCGACAUCAUCAUUGUCGGCCGUGGUGUUUACGGUGCGCAAGACAAGAGAGCCAAGGCCGAGGAAUACAGAGUCAGAGCCUGGAAGGCGUAUGAAGAGAGAGUCGGCUCUACUUCCGCCACAAAAGCCAACAGGUGA